UGGUAACUGUCAAAGAGGAAUGUUUUGAUGAAGUGUUUUGAUGUCGUCGGGUGUGCUACGAAUUUUCACAUAAAAUUGCUUUCACGUACGAACAGUUUCAAAUAAUUCAUUAUUUUCCAUAUCUGAUUAUUAUCUACAACUUGAUACAAUAAACGGAAACUCGCAACGAGGUAGCUGAGCAUUCUGUGUGCUCCGUAAAUACGUUGUGCAAAGAGGAAAAACUAAUAUGACCAAUCAAAAGCCAACUGCUACAUCCCGACUAAAGCAGGAUUAUAUGCGUCUAAAGAGAGAUCCAGUGCCAUAUAUUACGGCGGAACCACUUCCUUCCAAUAUUCUUGAAUGGCAUUAUGUGAUCAAGGGUCCGGAGGACUCUCCGUAUCACGGCGGGUACUAUCACGGGACACUUCUUUUCACCAAAGAGUUUCCCUUCAAACCACCAUCGAUCUAUAUGGUGACCCCUAAUGGAAGGUUUAAGACCAACAAGCGCCUCUGCCUUAGCAUAUCGGAUUUCCAUCCGGACACCUGGAAUCCGGCGUGGUCCGUAGCAACUAUUCUGACAGGUCUGCUCAGCUUUAUGCUGGAAACUACACCCACGCUUGGAUCCUGUGAAUCAACAACCUACGAAAAACGGAAAUACGCACGCCAAUCAUUAGAAUUCAACAUGAAGAACGAAGUGUUCUGUGAACUGUUUCCGGAGACAUGUGAGGAGAUCAACGAACGCCUAGCCAAGAUCGAGGAGCACCGGAAGCAGAACGCAGCUAACAAUAACACUACGAGUACGGCAAAUGGGUCCACCGGAGGUGCUGGUACGCCUACCGAUGGACUGGAGGCAGAACCGGCGGAAGGUGGUGCACUUUCCAACGCCGACGAUAGCAACAUUUGGCAUUCCCUGUACACCAAUCUGAUCGUGCUGAUCGGAUUCGUCAUAUUUGCACUUAUAGUUCACUAUGUGAUCAAAAGCAUGAACAUUGAAUGAUUGUAAGCAUGUCGAAACCUCCAUUCAAUUUGAUUGUUUUUCGUUUUAACCUGGGACGUAGUUUGUACACAUAUUUAUAGCUAUCUGUGAGGUUUUGAACUUCUGAUUGGUCGGACGCUUGAAACAAGCUCUUCAAUAUUUUAUAUGUAGUACGGACAUGAACGAAACGCGUUAUUGCUUAUUUAUUUUUUUUAAUGAUUUAUCUGCUUUUGGGCACAAACCUUUAAAACGUUUCAAAUCCAACCACACUUCCGCUCAAACCAACAGCGAAUCUUCCUGACGGGAAACACAUUAGUUUGCGCGAAAGUUCCAAGGAUUUUGAAAAACAUUUUAAAUAUUGUCUACAAACGCAGUUUAGUCGUUCUAAAAAAUGUUUCCUCAAAGAAAAUGUUGGUAAGUUGAUGAUAGAGAAUCAUGUUUUGUGUUCCAAAAUCAAUUAUGAAAAUGUUGGACGUGCGUUUCAUGAGAGUUUCAUAUUUCUCAAAGUGUCACUGGUAAGACUCUAGAGAAAAUGUUUCGAUGUUAAUAUUUUUUUCAUUUAAUCUUUUAAUAAUAAUGAAUUUUCAAAUAUUUACAGCAAUAUAUGCUCGAAGGAUAUACUGAAAGAUCUUGAUUACAGUUUGAAAGCAGUUUCAGGAUUUUGUGAUCGAUUUUUAGACAGUUAUCAUUUAUCCUCUUUUCUGACAACAAAAGAAAAAAAAAUAAAGGCCGUCAUCUCCUUUAUAUCCCUAUCAAAUGGUGAAAAAUAAUUGUGUUUUAUUCAAAAAUACAUUUAUAUCUGCAUCACUUAGAGCCCAGUGUACCUAUGACUCAACGACAAAAAAAAGUCAAUGGUCAAUACCUAGCAGUUGCAACCUAUUUGUUGUAUAUUGUGGGGCAAUAAUAUCAGCUUUCCAAUUUCUGCACGGUAAAUAUGCAUAUCUCCAUAACUCUCUAUCAUUCUGCCAACAUUUUCUAACAAUGAAUAAGAAUGCACCGAAUAUUUAAUCUUUGCAAAUGAUGUUACACAAUUAUUCAUUGAAUUUAUAAACGUUUCUUAUUUCUGUCUAACAAUAAACUGUAGAUAUGAUUGAAAGAAAAAGCCGUAGAGUAAUUUUAAUGAAUUAAUGAAACGAAUGGAAUAUACUUUUUGCACACAUAACUACAAAUAGUGACAACGUAAGGGAGAUUCAGAUAGCAGUACCAAAUAAAAAUAAAAAUAUCAUAACUUCUCUAGACUCAACACAGUUCAAAAUAAAAAAGAACACCAUUGCUAAGUUAAUACGCGAAAAACUUAUUAAAUGUUCUGCUACAUUCUUGACGUUGAUUUUUUUUUAGAUAAAUUCCAUUAUCGGUGAUUUAAUAUUAGAAAAAAAAACAGUCCAAAUCACUAUAUAUAGUUGGGCAAUGGGCAUUCAUCAUUGUGCAGCAGACACAACACACGCUUGAUGCAAUUAUUAAGGUAAAAACUAUAAUAUAUAUUUAUCGAUGAUUACCUACAUCUUGUUGGAUAAUUAUGAUCUUAUAUCUACCUAAUUCAGCACUUGGUGUUUGAGAAACACUUCAUUCAAGUUUCGAAUCUAUCAGGGUAUUCAUGUUCGAUAUAAGAAGUGUCAAAAAGAUAUCCAAGUAACGCGUCAUAAAACCGCAGUACAACACAAGUAAAUACUGCUAUCGACAAGAAAAAUGUCACGAUCAAGACAACUGAAUCCUGAUUGCAUCAACAUGCGUCAACGCGACGAACGAGAACACUCAAGCCAGUGCUUCGGUUCAAUGUUAAUCACUAGUAUUCUAAAUUCUAGGGUUUGCUGAAUUCGCUCCAUUGAUAAAGAUAGACGACACCAGAGUGGCACUGAUUUCUCACAAUCGUUAUACCGUGACCUGCACUAAUUCCGCGCAUCGCCUAAUACCGUGGUUUUAAUAAAAAAUCAAAACCUAGCUAUCAUGGACAUCACAUUAUUUGGUGAAAUGUUCAAACAUAAUGUGUUUGAAUAUUUCAUCAAAUAAUACGAGAUCCAUGAAAGCCAGAUUCUUAUUUUUGAGGAAAACCACGGUAUUAGGCGAUGCGCGGAAUUAGGGCAGGACACGGUAGCAUGAAAAUUCGUCGCAGCCUAAAACUGAAUCGUAGAAUCAAAAUACAGAGAUGAAAAGCGUGAAAACCUUAUACCAUAUUGAUCAUAAUACCAGUCCCAUAAUAUCAUAACAUAAUUAUUUUCCUAUUUUUAUCGUUUCACGUCAACUCAUUGAAUGAGAAACAACAUUGAAAAUUUUUAACAGCAUGCAAACCUUGCACCUCAAAUAACUUUGCGGGAUAUUUGAAUUUAUUAGACUAAAAAAUAAGGUCUGUAUGGAAAAUCAGAUUCGAAACUUCGUCAGCUAUUAUCUUAGUAUGCGAAAAACCAAUAUGGGACUGAUAUGAAAGUGCCGGCAGUGUGAGUUCUGGUUAAAUAUUCAGCUAAAUCGGUACACGGGCAAUUGAGCUCUAGAUCUCCAAAGUUGACCACUCCGUAUGAAAAAACGACUGUUGGGCACUUUAUUUUGCCGGCCACUGUGUAGAUCUUCAUAGAAGCAAGCCAGCAUUCACUUGAUCCAGCGGAGGCGCAUGAUGAUUUUAUAAUCUUACAAUGUGCCUCGAAGAAGCCAUGCUGAAUGAUUUAGAAAAUCUCGAUCGCAAAUGGAUCCCAGUGGUGAUGGAUAAACCAAAACACUGACUAGUAUGUUUUCGUUAUAAGUUAAGCCUGAAGUACCGGUACGAAAUUUAAUUUACUUUGUUUAUGUAAUUUUUGAAAGGUCUUCACUUCUGGUACAAAUUGAAUGGCACGCCCGUGUAGUAAUAAAUAAUAAGUAGCGAUGCCUUGCUGUGGGACAUGCCUGAUUGCAAUCCUGUAAUCUGAACAAGGUAUAAGAUCAAAAUAAUCCAUAGCAGAUGGUCGAAAGUAAAAUCGUGUCAGAUGAAUCUUAAAAUGCACUUCGGAAUUCUGUAAAUACAAUUUGAUAACACAAAAAGAGGGUAAAACUAACACAGGUGAUUGAGAGCGAUAAUUAUCAAAGGAAGAUGGAAUUCAGUAUUUAUUGUAUUGUAAAAUAUGAAAGAUAGAUAAUAAAAAUUAAACGUGGCUCAAUAUG